CUCAUUCCCAUUGGGUCCCGAUCGUGCCAGCAUGAGCAGCAUUCUCAACUCCAUCUCCUCCAACUGGAAAUCCCGGCGCCCAACUAAGGCGUCGGCCGCCGAGACGAAGAAGCCCAUCGCCAAGGCCAAGCAUGCCACCCCGUCGGCCGCCGAGACGAAGAAGCCCAUCGCCAAGGCCACCAAGCGGCCCAAUGCCCCCAAGCCCAAGCCCAAGGCUCCAUCCAAGCGCCCGCUCGCCGUGUCAGAUGAUGAGGAUGCUGACGGUGUGGAUACGGUCCUGGUCAAGCGCGCCAAGCUCGACACUGUCUCCACCGAUGCCGCCGCCGCCACUCCCGCUGCUACUUCUGGCGACUCAGCCGAGGGAGCCUCCACUGGUGGGUACAAGCUCGCUCUCGGCAGCCUGGCUUUCUCUCGCAUUUCCCCGGACGACGCCAACAUGAUGCAGUACCUACGCACGCGCUACCUCGUGUCUAAUCCGCUGGAUCUGCGCACCUUCAUGGAGCCCAAGGGCAACACCCGACUUGGCAACAAGGUCGGCCUUGAUUGUGAGAUGGUGGGUGUCGGCCCGGGCGGGCGCGCGUCCGCCCUGGCCCGCGUGGUCGUGGUCAACCUCCACGGGCAUGUCGUGCUCGAUCUCUUCGUCAAGCCGGAGGAGGAGAUUGUCGACUAUCGGACGCGCUUUUCCGGCAUCCGGCCACAGGAUCUCGAGGGGCCACAUGUUGUCCCUCUGCACCAGGCCCAGGUGCAGGUUGGAAACUUGCUCACCGGGCGCAUUGUCAUUGGCCAUGAUUUGAAGAACGAUUUCGCUGCCCUCAACAUGCGCCAUCCCCGACACCUGAUCCGUGACACGGCCCGCUUCCAGCCCCUGCGCGAGGCCAUGAAGAUGCGCGGCCGCGCGUCCCCCUCCCUGCGUGCCCUGGCUGCCUGCCUGUUGGGCCUGGCCAUCCAGGUCGGUGAGCAUCAUCCCGGCGAGGAUGCCCGUGCUGCGGUGGAGGUCUACCGCGCCGUGGCUACCGAGUGGGAGGCCGCCCUGCGGUCCGAAGCGGAGACCAAGCGCCGCGAGGAGGCGGCCGCUGUGGCCGCCGAGCGCCUGAGGCGCAAGAGCCUGGCCGCCGAGCGCAAGUCCGCCGGGGGCGCCGGCACCGAGGAGGACGCCGCCGACGAUGGUGACACUGCCACCGACGAUGACUUUGACCUGGAGCAAUUGGAUGUCCCGACCGCGGAUGCUGGCGCUGCUGCUGACUCCGCCACCGCCACCGCCCCGAUCUCAGGGCAGUCCACCCGCGCGGGCCGGAGGAGUCGCAACACCAAAGAGCCAGCCUGGCGCAAGAGGCAGCCCCACAAGCGCCACUAGCGCCACCGGUGCCAGUGCGACAUCGCUCGCUCCUCCGCAUUCCUCCCCCCCCCCCCCCCCCCU